GUCUGGCAAAACCCAUGGGAUUAGUUGAAGGUCCAGGAGGCUUGGGCCAGGGGGGAAUGGCUGCUACCCUGAGAGAUGAUAGCCAUGAAUCAGAGACUAAGUAUGAAGAAUAUGGUUACAAUGCCCAGCUCAGUGACAGGAUAUCACUGGACAGGUCCAUCCCUGACUACAGACCAAAAAAGUGCAAACAGAUGACCUACCCAGACGACCUACCCCAGAUCUCUGUGGUCUUCAUAUUUGUGAACGAGGCGCUGUCUGUGAUCCUGCGCUCCGUGCACAGCGUCGUCAACCACACCCCCUCUCACCUGCUCAAGGAGAUCAUCCUGGUGGACGACAACAGUGACAACGUUGAGCUAAAGUUUAAUCUGGACCAGUAUGUCAACAAAAGAUACCCAGGUCUGGUGAAAAUAGUGCGGAAUAACAAACGAGAAGGGCUCAUUCGAGCCAGAAUCCAAGGCUGGAAAGCAGCAACCUCUCCUGUUGUUGGAUUCUUUGAUGCUCACGUUGAAUUCAACAUUGGCUGGGUGGAACCUGCACUUACCCGGAUCAAAGAGGAUCGCAAGCGGAUCAUCCUGCCAGCCAUCGACAACAUCAAGUACAACACUUUUGAAGUGCAGCAAUAUGCCAAUGCAGCCCACGGCUACAACUGGGGCCUCUGGUGCAUGUACAUAAUCCCCCCGCAGGACUGGCUCGAUAAGGGGGAUGAGUCAGCUCCCAUCAGGACACCAGCCAUGAUUGGAUGCUCAUUUGUGGUGGACCGAGAGUAUUUUGGUGAGAUUGGCUUGCUUGACCCGGGUAUGGAGGUCUAUGGAGGAGAAAACAUUGAAUUAGGCAUGAGGGUGUGGCAGUGUGGGGGGAGCAUGGAGGUGCUGCCCUGCUCCCGCGUGGCGCACAUCGAGCGCACGAAGAAGCCCUACAACAACGACAUCGAUUACUACGCCAAGCGCAACGCCCUGCGGGCCGCCGAGGUCUGGAUGGACGACUUCAAGUCCCACGUGUACAUGGCAUGGAACAUCCCCAUGGCAAACCCUGGAGUUGACUUUGGAGAUGUUUCUGAAAGAAUAGCUCUACGACAGCGACUGCAGUGCCGGAGUUUUAAGUGGUACUUGGAGAAUGUCUAUCCUGAGAUGAGGGUGUAUAAUAAUACAGUCACUUAUGGAGAGGUGCGUAACAGCAAAGCUAGUGGCUACUGCCUAGAUCAGGGAGCUGAAGAGGAUGACAAAGCAAUCCUUUAUCCAUGCCAUGGAAUGUCCUCUCAGCUCGUCCGCUACAGCUCGGAAGGUGUCCUGCAGCUGGGCCCGCUGGGCUCCACGGCCUUCCUGCCUGACUCCAAAUGCCUCGUUGACGAUGGCAAGGGCAGGACACCCACCCUGAAGAAGUGUGAGGAUGUCCUGAGGCCAGCUCAGAGGUUCUGGGACUUCACACAGAAUGGUCCAAUCAUCAGCAGAGACACUGGCCGUUGUCUAGAAGUGGAAAUGUCAAAGGAUGCAAAUUUUGGGCUCAGAUUAGUCGUACAGAGGUGCUCGGGGCAAAAAUGGAUGAUUAGAAACUGGAUAAAACACGGCCGGCAUUGACUGCUGGGGCUGAGAAGCUGCCUCUCCUGCCCCUCUCCGUUGCUCUGCGUGCCAUAACUUGCAAGGCAUUUGUCUUAAAAGCAAAUUAAUGUGAACAGGACUCAGCUCUCUAGAGUCCUCCAUAGUUGGGCAUUCAAAGGAAAAAA